AUGAAUGCUCUUCCUGUGGCUUAUUAUGCUCAAAAGAAUGCUUGGAUGGAUCAAAUGAUUUUUCGCGACUGGUUCAUGAACAGUUAUGUUCCAAAUGCUCGAAAUUAUUUAAUGUCGGAAGGAUUAUCACAGAAAGCAGUUUUGGUUCUGGAUAAUGCCCCAUCACAUCCAGUUGAAGAUUUAAAAAGUGAUGAUGGUAAUAUUUUUUGUUUUUUCCUGCCACCGAAUUUAACUGCAGUUCUACAACCCAUAGAUCAAUCAGACCUCGUUUCGCAAGAGAAUAUUGAUUUGGCAGAUUAUUGGAAGAAUUACAACAUUAAAAACGCAAUUGAUAAUGUAGCUAAUUCAUGGUCUGAGUUAUCGUCGACAACAUUGGAAAAAUGUUGGAACAAACUAUGGCCAAAUACAGAAUCGCCUUCGAAUAACAGUGACUAUGUCUCACAGGCUGAUGUUGUGACUAGUACACCUUCGGCUUUGUCAUUGGAAAAUAGUGAAACGAUCAAUGAAUGGUUGAAUUGUGACGAAAAUGAUUGUGGUUAUGAGCUUUUGACUGACGAACAAAUAAUUAAUGAAGUGAAUGAUGAAGAAGAAAAUAAUGAUUAUUACGAUGGAACAGAUAACAAUAAUGAAAAUGGUCACAAUCCUACUGCUUCAUUUCUAAGACAAGAAGCCAAAAUUGUUGCAUCAAAUUUAGAGAAAUGUAUCGCCUGGUAUGAAAUGCAAGAUGAAGCCGGCUUGGCUGACACGAUUCGUUUGCGCCAAUUUCUUCUUUUCGCAAAGAAUAAAACUCAAGUCAUUCUAAAGCAAAAGACACUAACUAAAUUCUUUUCAAAAACAAACUAA